ACGAGAUAUGCAGCUGGAAGACGGACACAAUCCGAAUUCACCUCUGCGGAGGAAGGUACUCCUGAAGAUGUCCAAACAGGCGGGGUAUGAGUUCUGCGACGUAACGUCCAUCCACGGAGUGAAACAGUGCUUCGGUAGUGAUAAGUUUCUCCCGGAGAAGGUUUGGUGGGUCACCGUCUUUAUCAUCCUAUACCUCUGCCUCAGCCAGAUGUACUCCGUGUACCGGAAGUGGGAGCGCGAUCCCAUUAUCGUCAGCUUCGACCAGCACCCGCAGCCGAUCUACUCGAUACCGUUCCCGGCGAUCACGAUCUGCCCGGAGACGAAGGUCAAAUCUUCCACACUCAAUCUCACCGAGACGUUCAUCCUGGUGCGAAGUCGCAAGCUGGACGAGACCAUGGACAGCGAACGGGUCCGGAAGUUGAUGGCUCUGCUACAGCUGUGUGACUAUCAGCUGUACGAUCGGAACGAAAAUGCCACCGCAGACGAAGACAUUCUGCAGUUGUUACGUCGGCUGGCGAUACCAUCCUUUGAAGUGUUCAACGCGUGUCUUUGGCAAGCGACCUCGUUCAGGUGCUUGGAUCUGUUCAAGACGACGCUUACGGAGAAAGGCUUCUGCUUCACGUUCAACAUGAUCGGCAACAACGAGCUGCUGCGAAAGGAAGAGUUGGACUCUAGGUAUGCUUUUAAUUCCGAGACUCGAGAAUCCGACUGGGAUUUGGACUCCGGAUACCGCCAGGGCGGAGUCUUUCCGUUCCGAGUCGUCGCCGGCGAUUACAACGAGGGAAUUAAAGUCAUGCUGAUUGCCAAGAAGGUCGACAUGGACUACUUCUGCGGGGACAAGUUCCAGGGCUUCCGCGUCCUUCUUCACAUGCCCAACGAGUACCCCCAGCUCUCGAGCCAGUUCUUCCGGAUUCCACUGAACCAGGAGCUCAUAGUGACCGUAACUCCACGCGUGAUAUCCACGGACGAUCACGCAAUGCUGUACAGCGCCGAUAAGCGCAACUGCUACCACGGCACCGAGCGCUACCUGCGCUUCUUCCGGAUCUACAACCGCAGGAACUGCGAGGUCGAGUGUCUCACAAACAUCACGCUGCAGCUGUGCAGCUGUGUCCGGUUCUGGAUGCCCCGACCGGUCGGGGCUCCACUUUGCGGCCUUCGGGACAAUCCGUGCGCCGAAAAGGCCAUGUCCAACAUGAUCAAGGCGGAAGCCGCCAAGGUGAAGGGAGAAUCGGUGGAGAACGCGGCGUACUGUAACUGCAUGCCGUCGUGCACUCACGUCGAGUAUCAGACGCAGAUCUCGCAGGCGGACUGGGAGUGGCAGCAGGGAGGCUUCUUCGACUUUGACAAGCGACAACCCGAUGACGUGCACCAAUCCAAGAUGGUCAUCUACUUCAAGGAGUCCCACUUUAUCCCAAUCUCGCGCAGCGAAAUCAACAGCAUCAGCGAUCUGUUCGCCAGCGCCGGUGGGCUGAUGGGACUAUUCAUGGGGGUAAGUUUGAUCAGCUUGGUAGAACUGCUGUACUACUGUACCGUGCGACCGUUUACGCUGUGGAAGUUAUCCCGGCGGAGACGGAGCUCGGUCUGGACUAGCGCCGAGUCGGCGAACCACUGCAGUUCGAAAGAGUCGGCCGGAGUUCAAUGAUCCGUAUCGCGGGGCAAACUUUCGAUUUCAUACCGUGUCAUU